CCUGAUAUUAAGUUUAAUGUUCUUCAAGAGUUGGUGAUGAAAAAGUAUAAGUGCUUUGUAACCCAGCAACAAGUUAAAAGAGCAAGGGCUUGGGCUUUGAAUGAGUAUGAGAGAUCACUUGAGGAGCAUUAUGCUUUGCUCAGACCCUAUGGUGAUGCACUGCUAAGAACUAACCCUGGGUCCACUGUACAAUUAUGCACAACCACUAAUCCUGAUGGCAAGAGUUACUUUGAUAGGUUUUAUGUCUGUCUGCAAGAUCUUAAACAAGGGUUCAAAAGGGGUUGCAGAAGGGUAGUAGCCUUAGAUGGGUGUUUCUUGAAGUCUUCAUGCCAAGGUGAGUUGCUAACUGCUGUAGGGAGAGAUGGGAACAAUCAAAUAUUUCCAAUAGCAUGGGCAGUGGUGAAUGUGGAGAAUAAGGACAACUGGAUUUGGUUCUUGACAUUGUUGAGCAAUGAUCUGGAAGCCCUGGGUAGACAGUUUCUUACUCUAAUGUCAGAUCAGCACAAGGGAUUUGUUGAAGCUGUGAAGGAAGUAAUGCCAAAAGCUGAGCACAAGCAGUGUGCUAGACAUAUCUAUGAAAAUUUCAGGAAGACAUACAGUGGAGUUGAAUUCAGGCACUUGUUCUGGAGAGCUGCAAAGGCUAGCUACCCAACCCAAUUUGAUGCAGUUAUGAAGGAAAUCAAGAAUGCAAAUCCAAAUGCUUUCAAAUAUUUGAUGGAAAGAAAUCCAAAGUCAUGGAGCAGAGCCUUCUUUGGAACUGACAAUUGUUGUGAAGCAGUUGAAAAUGGAUAUUCAGAAUGCUGGAACUCUGUCUUGGUUAAGGUAAGAAACAAACCUAUAAUCACACUUUUAGAGUCUUUAAGGGUCAUCUUGAUGAUAAGGUUAUAAAGCAUUAGGGAAAAAAGUUCAAAAUGGGAACAUGAAGUUUGUCCAGCCAUUAGAAAGAAACUAGAUGUCAUUAAGAGUCAAAGGUCAGAUUGGAUGUGUAUUCAGGCUGGUGGAAACAAGUUUGAGGUUAGAAAUAAUAGGUAUGCAUACUCUGUGGAUAUGGAUAUGGGUACAUGUGAUUGUAGAUUGUGGGAGUUGAGUGGGAUACCUUGUGUCCAUGCCAUGCAAGCCAUUUACAAGAUGAAUAAGGACCCUGAAGAGUUUGUGGCUAUUUGGUUUAGGAAAGUACAGUUUGAUUUGGCCUAUCAGUUUUAUCUUAAUCCUGUUGGAGGGAUGGAUACUUGGAUUUCAUUCCCUAAUGCAAUUGUACCAUUGCCACAAAGGCCUAGAACCAUGCCUGGUAGACCUAAGAAAAAAAGACAAAGGGCGGCACAUGAGCCAAGGGUUUGUGGGUCAAGGGUAAAGCAUGGGGUGGAGAUGAAAUGCUUAAACUGUUUACAAAAGGGACACAAUGUAAAAACUUGUAAUCAAAAGAAAACAAUACCAGUUGUGAAGAAACCAAAGGGUAGGCCACCAAAGAGAAAACUUGAACAAUCACAAGCUGUUUCUAGUGGUGCUCAAGCUAGUCAAAGACCAAGUGAAGUUGUUAUGGCCAAUGCUCAAUCUAGUCAAAGACCACCCAUUUCUGUUCAGAGUCAAGGACCAACUGUUUCUGCUAAAAGUCAAGGACCAACUGUUUCUGCUAAAAGUCAUGUACCUAGCAAUGAUGCAUUUAAAGAACCAGUGAGGUUCUCACCACUAAAUAGCCAAGGGUCAAGUGUCAAGAAAAGGCUGUUUGAGGAUAGUCAACCAAGUAAUGUACAAACAAUUGAUCCAAAAUCCAAAGGAAAGGCUACCAUGGAAUUUCCAACUCAACUUAGUCCAGGCAAAAGAUUUGGAGUGACCAAAGAAAGGUUCAGAUUCCCGACACAUGAAUCAUUAGAUAUGGAUGUUGGUGACAAAAGACAGCCUAAACCCAUGCCAAAACCUACCAUUGGUAAGGGCAAGGGGUCAUUGGGUAUGCCAAAGGGAGGUCACAGGGUUGCAUUUGGAAGGACUUUGAGCUGGCUAAGUUGUGGGAUGGGUUCAUCUGGUACAAUGGUCAGCAAUAAACCAAGGCAUGUAGAACCUGAGGAAAGAGUGUCAUGGUCAGCAAUUAGGAAAAAAAUGGAACCAAAAGGAGCAUUGUCUACACCAGUUAGAAUUGAAGAACCUGCAGGUCAAUUGGGGACUCAAGAGUCAGUGAAUGCAAAGUCUAACAAGAAAACAACACCCAAGAAACCAAGUUUGCCAUUGAAGAGAAGGAUUCCAAGCCAGAGGAUUUUGGGGAAGAAGCUUGCCAAGAGACUGGAAUCUGGACUAGGCCUGACCCCUGAUCAACCAAUCACUCUUGAAUUAUGAACAUUAAGUGUUUGGAUGUUGAACAAUAUAACUUAUCUUUUGUGCAGUUUGUUAGCAUUUCAUGUAACUUUACUUUUGUCUAUUUAGCUAACAAACUGCUUUGGUAUGUAUGUAUGUAACAAUGGUAACUGUUUUGGUAUGUUAGGAUGGUGCAUGUACCUUGACUUAAGCUAUUACCAUAUCUAGGUGGGCGUAACAGUGGUGCCCUUGCUAUGUAAUCCUCUUUUUGUGUAUUGUGGUUAAACAAUACUUUGGACAACUUAAGAUUUGGUAAUAUGAAAAUAUGUUAAGUUAUGUCUAGUA